AAGCAAUUUUUUCAUAUGGUUUCCUCGUCACCGACAAAAAUCGCAAUUUUCGGACCUGUGUUGUCAUCUGUAACUGGCACUGUAGCAGCUAUAUCUCGAUAUUGGAAUCUUAUUGAGAUUUCUCACACAGCCACAUCUAUGCAGUUAGUAGAUCGAAAAAUUUAUCCUUAUUUUUUUCGAACAUCUAUAUCCGAUAUCUGUUAUAAUCCAGCUCGUGUCGCUUUUGUCAAACGUUAUAACUGGAAAAGAGUUGGCAUUAUAUUUGAUAUUACAGAUGCAUUUUUACAUGCUGUUAAGGACUUGCAGAAACAUCUGCAAGCUGAGAAUAUAGUGUCCGUUACAACCGAAGGUAUUACCGAUAAUAGCGACACGAUCAGUGGAUUGAAGAAUAAAGAUGUCAGGAUAAUAUUCCUAUUUGCUUAUCCAUCGAAAGCGCUACCUGUUCUAUGUAAUGCUUAUCAUCAAAAACUGUUUGGCUCGCAUUAUGUAUGGAUGCUGCCUGGAUUUUAUCUUGAAAACUGGUUUAUUAACGAUCUAAAAAAGCUCGAUAUAAAUUGUACAUCGGAGCAGAUACAGGAAGUUAUUGAAGGCUACGUUGCAUUCAAAAACGAAUUAUUACCAGUUAAUAACGAAAAGCCGCUGUCAGGAUAUACGAUUAAUGGGUUUAUAGAAGCUUAUAACAAUUUUUCAAAUGGUGCUCCAUUAAGUGGCAGCUAUUCUUACGCUUACGAUGCAAUUUGGGCAUUAGCACUUGGACUAAAUCGUACUGAUGAGAUAUUAAGGGAAAAAUAUGCAAGAAAUCUGUCCUCAUUCAAUUAUAAUGAUAACAUUACGGCACAUAUACUUGUUGAUGCUUUGAACAACGUUUCAUUUAUUGGUUUAAGCGGUCGAAUUGCAUUUGUCGAUGGCAAUCGAGUUGGAAAUGUGAUGGUCAUGCAAUAUCAAAGUACGGAUGCAACAUCAUCAGGGUUUUACAAUUAUUUUACGAAAACGUUAUCGGUAUCGAACGAACCAUAUUCUAUCAAAUGGCAAGGUAACUUUACUCCGGCUGAUGGAGAAAACGUCCACAACGAGUGGCAGUCUAUCCCUACUGCUAUAUAUAUCGUAUUUGCUUGCUUGGCUAUGGCUGGUGUAUUACUCACUACGAUGUUUAUGAUAUUUAAUAUAACCAUGCAGAAUGAUAGACGAAUUAAGAUCUCAAGCCCUAAAAUCAACAUUAUUAUGCUAGUUGGUGCCAUGCUUUGUUUUUUUUCGGUGAUGUUUUUUGGUUUAGAUUGGAAGUUUGUUGGUGAAAAUGCUCUACCAGCGAUAUGCACUUCCGCUGCAUGGACUUUAUGUAUUGGUUUUACGCUAGGCUUUGGCUCACUGUUCUGGAAAACAUGGCGCGUUUAUACUAUAUAUAGAAAUAAAACCAAGCGUUCUAUAAUCAUAAAGGAUAGAAAUCUAAUUGUCAAGAUAUUUGGCCUCGCCGUAAUUGAUAUUAUUAUACUAGUCUUUUGGCAAACUAUUGAUCCCCUAUACGUACAAAAAGAGACAGCUGUUCAGAAUAAUCCAACAGUAACUACUCACUAUAUUGCAGUUGUGUGCACAUCAAAAUAUUUGUCACUUUGGACAGGAAUUAUCUAUGGUUAUAAAUUUCUUUUAAUGAUCUUCGGCGCAUUCUUGGCAUGGGAAACACGUUCUGUUGCCAUUAAGGAACUUAAUGAUUCUAAGUUGAUAGGAUUAUGCAUCUACAAUGUAUUUGUACUAUGUACUACCGGCGUUCUUCUUACUGCAGUCAUCAAUACUGACCCUAUCACUAGCUUUUGCUUAAUUGCUUCCUUCAUAAUACUAUGCACGACUCUGACCAUCGUUCUAAUUUUUUCUCCAAAGGUAAAUUUGCAUAGCAACUGUAAUAAUGCUAGCUUGAUAUAA